UUUAUAUUUGAUUUGAAUUUUUAUUUUAUUUUACAAAAUCUAUUCAAACAUUGAUUUAAUAGUCAUUUGAUUGAAGUCUGGUUUGCAUUCAAUUGAAUCCAUUGAUAGACAACUGGAGUGUGAGUUGUAUUGUUUGGUGAUAAUCGCAGCUAAUAGACGAUAAUCGGUGGCAAUCGGUGGUCAAAAUGAUGGAUCCGAACAUAGGAUGGUUCCAAGAGGAGCAUAAGGGGCCGGCGCUCGACCUCUGGAACAGCAUUUGGAUCAACUCUAACCCAACCAUCGAGAGACAGCCCGAGUACAUCCCAUUCGGUGAUGAGGCCACUGAUGGCAACGUUAGCGCCAAUCAUAUGUCGAGAAUGAGUACCAAUCAGUUGAAUGCCAUGAAUGGCAAAGUGAGUGCAAACAAGAACCCCAUCGUCAGCAACAGUCAGACCCAAAACAAGCGCUUCCGUCGCGACAACCCGGCCUCCACUUACCACUUGAAUGAGAACCUGCAUCUGGUCUCCAAAUACAUGGGGACGCCGUGGCGGCGACUCCGACAGCACUACGAGCCGGGAAUCAUUGGUUUGCACGAAGAGGUGGAAGACUUCUACAAUUAUAUGAAACCCCGACCGGAAGAGCACUUCAUGCGAGAAGAUGUGGUGAAACGGAUCUCUAAAGUGGUGAACGAGGUGUGGCCGCACGCGAAGGUGGACUACUUCGGCUCAUUCAGGACUGGUCUCUAUCUGCCCACGAGUGACAUCGAUAUGGUUGUGGUCGGCAAAUGGGAAUCCAUUCCUCUGUUCACUCUGGAGAAGAAACUGCUCGACUCAGGCAUUGUCGACGAGACCACUAUUAAAGUGCUCGACAAGGCCUCCGUUCCCAUCAUUAAGUUGACUGAUCUCCAGACCAAUGUCAGGGUUGACAUCAGUUUCAAUACGUCUAAUGGUAUCCGAAGCGCCAAACUUAUCAAACACUACAAAAAGCAAUUUCCAAAUCUUCCCAAAUUAGUGUUAGUAUUGAAACAGUUUUUGCUCCAAAGAGAUCUCAAAGAAGUGUUUACGGGAGGCAUCAGUUCCUAUUCACUGAUCCUAAUGGUCAUCAGUUUCAUUCAACUGCACCCCCGGCGCGAGGCACAGAACCCCAACACCAACUUAGGAGUACUUCUUCUGGAGUUCUUUGAACUGUACGGACGACUAUUCAACUACUAUCGCGUCGGCAUUCGUAUCAAAGACGGCGGUUCUUACGUCUCCAAGACUGAGAUCCAGAAGCAAAUGGACCCCAAUUACAGGCCAUCUAUUCUGUGCAUUGAAGACCCCCUCAACCCCAGCAAUGACAUCGGGAAGAGCUCUUACGGCGCUAUAAUGGUUAAGCAGGCCUUUGAAUACGCUUUCGAUACACUGCAUCAGGCGGUCGGCCCUCUCAGCGCGACCGUCGAUCCCAACCAAAGCAUUUUGGGUCGUAUUAUACGAGUGACGGACGAAGUGGUCGAAUAUCGCGAAGAGAUCAGCAAAAAGUUUACGAUUCCUAAGAAGAACUCAAUCGCUUCCACCCAUUCGGACGAUCACUCGACCUCUUCCUCUGGUUUGGACUCCUCUGACGACUACAGCGAUAAUGAAACCGAAAGUCACGGCAUUUAUAAGCAAAACACGAAUUCUUCGCGAAAUUCUCCGACAAAUACUCAAAGAAAUUAUUACAACAAUAAGAGUCAUCACUAUUCGAACCAAACGACUGGCAAUCAGUUCCGGAAUACCAAUAAUAAUAGAGAUAAUAGAGAUUCAAAACCACAAAACUUUCUGCAAAAUAGAAACACAAACUCAUAUCGAUUUCAGGGCAGAAAUUCUGGUCAAACGGCGCGCAAAAAGUAUACCUUUCCUAACAAUCGGAAGGAUGGAAAUUGACUCACAUUUCUAUUGAUAUAGUUUUUCGUAAAUUUCAUGUCUUUUUGAUUCCAGUCUUAAAACUUAUGCUUUUCUUAAAAUUAUAUGUAAAUAGAUUUUAAACCACAAUAAAUGUAUUAAAACACAAC